AUGACGACGCAACUCCUUGCCACGGAGCUGGCCAAUCUCAUCCAGGAGAGCAAGAGGAAACACAAUGAUUUGCGACAAGCCGCGGAGAAAUCGUUAGAAGAGCUGAAGAACUUGAGAAAUCCUUCUGAACAAACAGCGCCUGAAGAGCUAUCUCAAAAGCCCAACUUUGUCAACCCAUUCAUUAUCGCAUGUGGUACCAAAAACGCCAAAUUUACCGCCAUCGCUAUUGUCUGUCUUCAACGUCUCAUCGUUGCGCAAGCUCUUCCGCGAUCAAAGCUGAACCAAGUGUUGGAGGCCUUGAUGCAAGCAACCUCAGCUGGUCUGGAUGUGCAGCUCAAGAUCUUGCAAGCGCUGCCCUCACUUGUUCAAAAUUAUGCAUCAGAUCUUAAAGGAAACUUGUUGGUGACGACACUCAACAUUUGCUUUACUCUCCAAAGUAGCAAAAAUGCCAUUGUGAACCAUACAUCAGCAGCGACGCUACAGCAACUGGUCGUGUCUGUAUUCGACAAAGUUGUCGCCGAAGACAAGAAAGCAGGCGAUACACCUACGGCAAAUGAUGCCGAAUAUUCAGAAAACCAUCCUGCAGCUACCGAUGCCUACCGUAUUUUUAACGACCUGUGCCUAAUGACUGAAAACCAGAGACCAGAAUUCAUCCGCGUUUCGGGACUUCCACAGACUUUCGGCCUGGAACUCAUUGAGUCCGUCAUCACAAAUCAUGCCACCGUCUUCAGUAACCACCCCGAGCAGGCUCAGAUUUUACGAAGCAGAGUAAUGCCACUCCUCAUUGGGGCCUUGAAGGGGAAACCGAACUUCGCGACCACGGUACGCCUGGUGCGCAUUCUGUACACUAUGCUGCGUAGGCACAUCGGCAUAUUGCCAUCGGAAUGCGGUGAGGCGUUGACUGUACUGACGCACAUUCUCGAUCAAGAUGAAACCGUCUGGAAGAGAGCGCUGUGCAUGGAAGUUUUCCGUGGAAUAUUUGCGGAUCAUGCCUUGCUCAGGCGAAUCUACGCAAUGUUUGAUGCUAAAGAGGGAGAGAAAGAUGUUCUCAAGCCCUUGAUCGCUACCUUCGUGCGCUUAAGCACAGAAAAGCCUGCUGUAAUUGGACUGGGCCAUUCAUCGUCACUCCCUACAACUAGCUCAAGCACAAAUGGCUCUUCUGAGCAAGCCAUUGCUGAAGCGAGUGGCAUGACAGGUCUCAUGACAGGGCCGGUUGGUGCAGAGACGACAACAACGGGUAUCAGCACCCAAUUCAGCUCCGUCCGCGUUCCUUGUAUUGAUCAGCUCGAUAAGACGGAGGCACCUAGUAUACCAGAGUCGUAUCUCUACAGCCUGGUGUUAGCUUGUAUAUCGUCUCUAUCUGACGGUCUAGCCAAGUUCAUACUGCCUCUUACAGUCCCAAAUGAGACAAGAAAUCGAAAACGAACCUCUCGGCAAGAAUUUGGUCGGGACUCACCUGCACCGCCGUCUGAGCAAGAGAGUACUCCGCCCAGAGGGAAGAUGGAAAGGUCGGCAUCUUUUAAGAAGAAUCCAGUUCCACUGAACCCCCUUUCCUUAGAUGACCAUCCUCUCCAUUCCGAAGUUAAGAUCUGUGCUACAAUCGUUGAGGAGUGCUGGCCUGCGAUACUUGCGACCUGUUCUACCUUCUUAUAUGCUGCACUCGAUUCAGAAUAUUAUCAUGGGCUAGUCCGUGCCUUCCAACGAUUUGCUCAUGUGGCUGGACUGUUACAGUUAUCGACUCCUCGGGAUGCUUUCCUUACAACUUUGGGCAAAGCUGCCGUCCCACCUAAUGUCCUCACAGCUUGUGUCAAUGCUGGCCAACCUCGACCACAAACACCAAGCACACCAACCGAUGGCAGUCUCUUUAGCAACGCCCGGGGCCUUCUGAGCGUGGAUAGCCUGACGCCCACCACCCCUACAGCCGACAAAGGACGACAGGCCUCAUUUGAUGUUUCUGUCGCUUCUUUAAAUACUCGAAACUUGCUAUGCCUUCGGGCACUGCUGAACUUGGGCAUAGCACUUGGUCCAACUUUGGCUGGAGCUUGGAGUAUCAUUCUGGAGACACUUCAACAGGCCGACUUUGUCCUUUUCGUAAGCGGAAAGUCUCCUGGCAGGACACCAACCAUGAACCGAGGACCAGAUGCAGGCGGUGACAGUGAAGCUGCAACGUUGAUGGUCAACUUCGGCUCCGAGGUUCGUGCGGUCGAAACAGCGGCAUCCAGACUAAUCGAGAGCACGGUUGACUUUCCCAAUGAGUCAUUCCUGAAAGUGGUAGCGGCUGUCUGUAGUUUGCUGACACAGAAGCCUGUUGAGCAGCCUGAGACCACCACUCAGCCGCAGUCACCGUCUGAUGGUCAACAGCUCAAGGCUCCUGUCGUACAGGGCCGUAGAUUUUCUGGCCAGCAGAUGAGUUCUGGGUCAACUCAAGAAGAUCAAUUUGCACUCGCUAAGCUUGGCGAGCUUGCCACAAUAAACAUUGAGAGAUUAUUGGAGUACAGUCCAGAAGAAUCUGGUUGGGACGUGUUGACUAAUGAGCUGAUUGACACUCUCACCUCUUCGUCUAUGAACUCAUCUGUCCGAACCAGGGCAGCAGACAUUCUCGUGAAACUGGUUCUGGAGGCUGCUAAUGUCACAUCUUCCCUGCCUGAGGAGGCUCGUGGUGAGAUUCAGCUCCAAUUCUUUGAGGCCCUCCGUAGGUCGCUCGCACCUCUCCUGAAAGGUGACCGAGAGGUUUCUCUUGCCAGCCAUUCAACAGAUAUCGAUAUUCACAAAAUCAUCCUCGAUGGUCUUCAAAGCAUCAUUGAGGGCAAUGGAGAGACAUUAGUCAAGGGCUGGGACAUAGCCUUUGAGAUUAUUGGCACCAUCUUUAUCACCAGGGAAUUCGAUCCAGCUUACCGCCGUGGCUCAGUGGCCAACCCCAUUCUUCUCGACACCCGAUCAGCAAGACUUAUUAGGUCUUCUUUCAACUCUCUCCAACUCAUCUGCUCAGACUUUCUAGCGUCGUUACCAAACUCAUGCUUCUUGAUCCUGGUGGACAAUCUGUACAAGUUCUGCUCACAAGAUGAUGAUCUCAACAUUGCUUUGACUACGGUGACGUUUUUCUGGGUGCUGUCAGACUUUCUCUCAGCGAAGAAUGAGUCACUCGCCAUUACUGCAGAUAUGAUGCAAAACACUGAGCUUCCUGACCUAGAAAAGAUGGCGGCUGAUCAUGGCCAUAAGAGCUCUGAUGCAGCAUUGUGGAUGUUGCUUCUGCUGCGACUAACCAAUGUCACCACUGAUGACAGGCUUGAGCUUCGCAAUAGUGCAAUUCAGACUUUGCUCAGGAUCUUUGAUGCCUACGGUGAUCGACUCAGCCCUGAGUCUUGGUCGAUAUGUGUCAAGUCUGUUGUCUUUAAGCUCUUGUCAUCGAUUGAGCAGGAAAUCAAAGUUCUACAGUCGGAUGAAGAAGAGGAUGCUCAGGACAGUGACCGGGCUGAGUGGACUGAAACUGCCGUUGUUGUUCUCAACGGUAUCUCCAGCCUCCUCGCCAAUUACCUUGAUAUUCUGACAGGCCACCCCUCAUUCGAUCACUUAUGGCAAGAGUUACUUUCCCAUCUCACUACCCUACUCGACUUUCAAGUCCUUGAUAUCAACACCGCAACCUUCAAAGCGCUUGCUCAUAUUUUGUCUCAGACGAACACUGAUGGCAAGUCUGUCUUCGGCAAGACAGCGAUCGACAGCGCAUGGGAUUUGUGGGCAAGAGGAGUUCCGACCUCCAAGCCUGUUGAUGAAAAGGCGGAAGACAACCAGAAUUGUCUCAUUGCAUACGUAUCUGCCUUGACAGAGAUCUAUCGACUUGUACAGGAAGAUCUUGAAGUUAAACGAGUUGGCAGAAUUCUGACACUCCUUCGAGAGACUUUGGACGAAGCCUCAGUUGGCAAUUACGUCCAGGAUAUUGAAUAUGUGACACCGUUACAGGCACAUAUUCUUGAAGCUGUUCAAAUGAUUCGAACGGAUAUUGAAGGAGUGCCAUCUGCCAUGAUUACUCAAGUUGCGGAUUUUCUGGUCUUGCCAUUUAUGCAGGCCAACUUCUCAAAGCCAGGACCUAAACGUACUUACAUUGCGCUGUCAAAGGCGAGCAUGAAGACACUCGAGAAGCUUAUUCUUGAGCACUCGAAGGACUUAGACAUCUACCGCAGCAACUCCUUCUCCGAGGCUUUGAAGGCUUUGUGCAAGCCCAUUGAGUUAAAAUACGGUUUCCCUACGAUAACGAAAUCGACACAACCGUGGAGGUUAGCUACAUCUACAGCGCUUAUCAUCUUAGAAGUGACCUUGUCACAGAUCACGAGCCUCGAGCUGCCAAACGAAGUUGUCCAGAAUAUCUGGACCACGAUAGUCGCCAUCGCUGAUGGUAUCAUGAGCGCGGAUUGCAGUGUUGCUCCUCCAGGUACCGACUUCGCAGGCGACGAAGAGUUCGAUAUUGCAUCUUUCCACAAGCUACGAGAACUAAUUAUUCCCGCACUUGGAGCCGCAGCUGUUUCUGAAAAGGCUCGCAAGGCUUAUGCUGAAAGCCUUUUCAAGACUUCAGUAAUUCAUGCCCCCUCGCCAGAUGAAGAGUCGAUCAUCAACGGCACACACGAAAAGGGUUUAUCAGCCCUCUAUGCUCCCCGCGUAGGACGAACAGUAACAGUGUUACCGACCAAGCGCGCGAAGAUGGCUUAUGUCGCUUGUGAAGUACUGUUUGGUUUGGUUGCAGCUAAAGAUGAACCAACGAUUGUCAUUCAACCUCCAACACCCAAAUCACCAGAUCCAAGGCAUAGUCAGUUUGCCGAGUCCCCUGUAACUCUCCACACUCGGAUUGCCAGCACAGCUGCACCAUUCCUUAUUCUUCGGUGCGCGUUGACACUGAGGGCUUACAUCGCUGAUCAACCUCUACGAGGCAAGAUGCCCCAACCCCUGAGCCAACGAAGGGAAUUACUGUGGAUUCUACAGAAGCUGGUCGAGCUGAAGAGUGAUAAGAACGCCAUUCCAGAAUUGGAUAAUAUUGAGAGUGAUGAGAGGAAGCAUUUGCUGAGAUUAUAUCCUCUUAUUGUACGAGCAUCUGGUGUAGUUGGUGACGAGAAGGUUGGUAGCCUUUUGAGAGAGGCUUUGGAGGUUGUAGGAGAUGAACUGGGUUUUUAG